AUGAAUAUCUUUCAUAAUUUCUCUCUCUCUCUCUCUCUCUCUCUCUCUCUCUCUCUAGCUAGCUAUCUAGCUAUCUAUCUAGCUAUCUAUCUAUCUCGUUCAUUUUCUUACUUACUUUCUUUCUUUCUUUCUUUCUUUCUUUCUUUCUUUCUUUCUUUCUUUCUGUCUGUCUGUCUGUCUUUAUAUUCAUAUUUUCUAUUUAUUCCAUGCGUUAUUAUAUUUUUCUUUUAUCAAUUCUUCCCUUUCUUUACUUCUUUUUUCCAUGUUUCUUUUCUUUUCUUUCUUUUUUCUUUCGUUCUUUCUCUCAUCCCUUCUUUCCUUCCUUUCGUUCUUCUUAUCUACCUUUUUUCCCUCUCUGUCACUGUGACUUAUUUGUAUUUUACUUUAAUUCUUUCUCUUUUCUUUCUCCCCCUCUCUCUCUCUCUCUCUCUCUCUAUCUCUCUCUCUCUCUCUCUCUCUCUCUUUCUCGUUCUUUCUCUCCUCACUCACUCUUGUGCUGUUUUUUUUUUUUUUUUCCUAAAUUCGUCAACAUUGACGAAAAAUGCCUCCUUUUGCCCGGCGAAAUGUCAAAUUACUCUAGCUACGCACUGGGGUCAAACAAUACUGACCCCUUUCUCAUUCCACUUUCUCACACCCUUACCCUUUCUUCUCCGUCCCAUUUGUCUCGAAAUACCCGACGAGGGACGAUCACGUAGGCCAUAUCCCUAA